AUGUCUCACUUCGGCAGGUCUGGCCCUCCAGAUAUCACCGAUACCUACUCUCUUCUUGUCCUCAACAUCACCUUCCGUACUACUGCUGAUGAUCUGUUUCCGCUUUUCGACAAGUAUGGAAAGGUUGUCGAUAUCUUCAUUCCUAGAGAUCGAAGAACUGGGGACUCUCGUGGCUUUGCAUUUGUGCGCUACAAAUAUUCUGAUGAGGCGCAGAAGGCAGUGGAAAGGCUAGAUGGACGAGUUGUUGAUGGUCGGGAAAUAACAGUUCAGUUUGCAAAAUACGGGCCUAAUGCUGAGAGGAUUCACAGGGGAAAGAUCAGCGAAACGUUUUCAAAAUCAGGAUACAGGUCUAGAAGUCGCAGCCCUCGCAGAAGGGAUUAUAGGAGGAGAAGUCGGAGCAGAAGCUGGGACAGGUAUGACCGUGACAGACACCGUGCAAGGUACAGAGAUUAUCAUCGACGGAGCAGGAGUCGCAGUGCUAGUCCUUAUUACUCCAGAGGACGUGGUAGAAGCCGUUAUGAUGAUGAGCAGCAGAGUAGCAGCCGAUCAAGGGAUAGUCUCUCCCCUCGGCGAAGCCCAGGACCUCGAAGGAGUUAUUCCCCUCGUAAGAAUUCUCCUGUGAAAGUUGUGAGCCCUGAUAGACGCAGCCGUGAUAGUCGGUCUCCCACCCCUCGAAGUGCUUCUCCACGAGGUCGGGUUGCUUCUCGUAGCCCAUCCCAGCAAUAUUCAGAUGAUAUGGAUGACCGUGGUUGUGAUUUCUCUAAAUUUCUGAUGAGUGGUAAGAUAAAACGUCCACCCCUAAUUUUUAAGACAAAUCGUGUCAUUCUGGUGUCUGAUAUAAGGUGGACACAAGAUGAACGUGUUCUACCUGUAGCUGAUGCUGCAAAUGAAGUGGACCUGUUAAUAGAUCUUACGCUGAUACAUAUAGACUUUGCCAUUGAAGUAGCGUACAACGGGCUGUUGCUGCCCUCCAUGAUGAGGUCGGUUCGGUUCGGUAAAGGUGCUAGCAAUUUUGACACUGGUGGUGGCUGCUGCCUUGCUGUGUUGCUUGCUUGCUGUCAGUUCCAUAAGUUGUAUGCUUCGGCAUAUUCUGCAGUUAGAACUGUUCCGUCUCAUCUUUUUGUGAGGCUUGUCAGUGUAGGAUACAAACCCGAGUACAUUCUCCUCUCCCAUGCUUUGCAAAGGAGAUCCAUUGGGUUCAUUAUUCCCCCAUGGACAUUUGACAUUCAUAGGGUAUCUGUUGAUCCUAUGCAGUAA